AUAUAUAUUGAUAGGUUCUGAAUCUUUCUGACCUAUCCUACGAACUGUAUUGCACUAGCCAAAGGAAAAAAGCUGCAACUCUUCUGCUACAAAAAGGAACACCCCAUUUCUCUUCGUUCUGUCCCCCCUAACCGCUAGCCCCACUCCCUACCCCUUCCCCAACACACAUUUCAAACCCCAGAGCAAGAAAAGCCCCCAUUUCCUUUCUUUUGGAUUCCAAAAGGGGAAGAAAAAAAUAAAGUUGUUUGAUUCUUCUGAGGGGCAAAAAAAAAACAAAAAACAGAGCAAAAAGAUGAGUGGUGAAAAAGAUGGUUUAGGUUUGAGUCUCAGCUUAGGAAUCAUGAGUUGCCCUAAAAACAAUCUCAAAACUCCUCCGUUACCUUUGAAUCUCUUGCCCUUCAUGCCCCAUCAUCAAAUUUCAUCAGGGAGAAAAGAUGAGGAAGGAGAAAGGAUAAGAAGGGAGAUAGAUAUGAAUGAACCAGCGAGGAUGAUUUUGGAGUGUGAUGAUGAUGAAGAAGAAGAUCAAAUGAUAAUGGUUUCAUCACCUAACAGCACUGUUUCGAGUGUGAGUGGGAAGAGGAGUCAUGAAAGAGAAGAGAACGAAGGGGAGAGGGCCACCAGCUCGUUGGAGGAUGACGGCGGAGAUGCGGCGGCAAGGAAGAAACUCCGGCUGUCAAAGGAGCAAGCUGCGGUUCUUGAAGAGACAUUCAAGGAGUAUAACACUCUUAAUCCGAAGCAAAAAUUGGUUCUGGCGAAACAGCUGAAUCUGAGGCCAAGACAAGUGGAGGUGUGGUUUCAGAACAGGAGGGCAAGGACCAAGUUGAAGCAAACAGAGGUUGAGUGUGAAUACUUGAAGCGUUGUUGCGAAAAUCUGACGGAGGAAAACAGACGUUUGCAGAAAGAAGUUAGUGAGCUUAGAGCAUUGAAGCUUUCUCCACAAUUGUACAUGAAUAUGAGCCCUCCUACCACCCUCACCAUGUGCCCUCAAUGCGAGCGUGUAGCUGUAUCAUCCUCUUCAUCCUCCGCCGUGUCUUCUUCAGUAACCGGAGCUAGUGCCUCUCGCUCACACCACCACCUGGUAGGCGCUCUCCACCAAGCUCCAGUGCCCCUCAACAAACCAUGGGCUGCAAUAUUUGCCCCUAAAACACUCUAACGCAAUUUUACUCUUGUUUUGAGGGUGAAGAAGUAAUUUUGGACAAGAUUGUUGGAACUCCUUUUUUUGGAGCCAAACAGAUAGACAAAAGGGUAGUGAAAAGUGGUCCCAAGAUAGUAGAGUAGGGAAGUGUUUAUAGAGUAAGAUGAUGAAUGAGAUGAUUACAAGAGAAUCUGAGUUAGUUUUAUUUUUGUUUGGGUUCUCUCUUUAGUUGGUGAAUGAUUUAAUGUUCCAAAAGUAGGAUGUGAUGUGUUGGGUUUGAGAGGAACAGUUGUUGAAUUUGUUCAUUUCAUUUGUGUAGGAAAAUGCUCUACUUAAAUGGGGAAGACAUAAUUGUGUUGA